GCAAGAAGCCACUUAUUGGUGCUAUCAAAGGUAUGUGGUCACCCGUCUGUUGACUUGGUUCAUUGAUGAUGAUUUUCCCGUCUGCAGGUGUGUAGCCGCUGGCACCACACUGUGAUGGAGAGCCCAGCUCUGUGGUCGCGGAUUAUAGUUGACACAGACAACUGGCCACUGACGGACAAAGCCGUCAUUUCUCGCAAUCUGGGGCUGCUAUCCACUUCCUUAACCCGAAGCGGCUCACAUCCGCUGGAUGUCGACAUCAUUAUCGGAUCGCCGCUCCAGGAAGACUGGCAUUCAGCUUCAACAAAGACGGUUGCACUUCUCAGUGAGCAUGGACACCGCUGGAGAACUCUGUUCCUCUGGUGUGCCACUCCUUCCUACAUCAAAAUCAUGGAACUGGCUCGGGGAAAGCUCAACUCACUCGUCAAACUGGAGCUCGUUGUAUCUAGGAUUUCGCUGUGGCACUCCGAGUCUGCAGCGCCAACGGAUAUCUUCCUUGACUGUCCGUCUCUCCGGAAGGUCAUCUUCUGCGGUGAUUCGAAGUACAUCCCAGCGCUACCUGCCGCGCAGCUGUCCUCAUUUUUUGUAUUUCUCUGA